GAAAUGCGAGCUUAAAAAUAAUUGAAUCUGCGAUUAUGAAAUCAGCACAGCGUUUUAAAUUGCGUUUUUUCUUAUUUUCUCUUUUUCUUCAGUCUUUUUCUCAUUUGCGAGUUUUAAAUUUUUCUUUCGCUUUCUUUCUCCCUCUCUUUCUCUCUCUCACACUCUUCAAUACCCUAUAGUACCAUGGAGACAUACUUUGGUCAUAUCAAAACCCCUCAUGAUGCCUUAAUCGUCUUCGAAGCUUGCCGUCGAGGCUUGUUCAACCGUAUCCAACGUCGCCUGGCAGAGAAGGAACGUGGUCAAAUCCGAUCAGGCUCUGUCUUUGCUUGGGAUGAACGAGAGGCUGGUAUGCGUCGAUGGACAGAUGGUCGUACAUGGUCUCCCUCCAGAGUCUCUGGUAGUUUCCUGACAUACCGUGAGUUGGACACUCGUUGUCGGCGCCGAGCCACAUCGAACGGUUCCAGUGAUGAUGAAAAGCCUACCAGUAGUAGUAGCAAAGCCAGUAGCUCUUGUUCAUACAAACAUGAUGGCUUGAUCAAGCAAAGCUUCUCUAUCUGCACGGCCACUGGACAGAAGCUGCAUCUUAUUUCGUAUUAUACAAAGCCCGAUAUUUUGACUGGUCGUAUCCGAACGCCGUCUUCAGACCCAGCACUUAAGAACAUCGCUGUGCCCAAAGGCUUGUAUCCUGAGGUCAACCCCUUGGAUACUCAUCCCUCUACUAUGCCCAUGUAUCCCAUGCGCCAGCAGUCCUCUGAUAUGAUGAUGAUCGAUUCAUCGUCCACCAACCAACCACAGGCUUCAUCCCCACCACCACCUUCACUCAGUUCGUCACCGUUCACAUCCGAAGACGAAGAUCCUACAGACGUUCAUACACCAGCCCCCCCCCUUGGUCUUUUUUCUUUUCGCCAAAAUCCCCUUGUAUCAUACUCAACCAUGACUCUAUGAAUGUCUUUUGUAAUCUCAUUGUCGCC